UCUGCACUCUACAGUGUCUGACAAUUCAUUUUUUUUUAUGUUCGAUAACUACUUAGUACAUGUAUAUAGCUUUUACGUAAGAGAUAUCAGAUAAGUCAUAAUCCUUAAAUUUUUGCUACACACCUUUGGUCUUGUGUAUUUGUCAUAAUAUAUUUUGUACAUUUUUGAAGUAAUAUUUCUAAUAAUACUACCUAUCAGCAAUAUGCCCAAAGAAACAACACUAACAUUAAAUACUUCUCCCGCAACACCAGUUCAAGGGCUGUUCAGAAAACGAAGCAGUAGACCAGUACACAUUAAGUCAUGGACUAUUAUGUUAAGCAAAAAUGGUUUUGUCCGCUGUCAUCUUCAACAUUGUCGAUACAUUGCUUAUUGUAUUGAUGACAUGAGGGAGCAUUUUAAAACGUGUCGUGGAGAAGUAGCUGGCAAUUUUGUUUGUCCUACGUGCGGCGGUCAAACAACAUCUAAAGAAGCUCUUGAUUAUCAUAAGCAAAAUAAUCAUAAGGAUUGUGACUUAAUGUCUGUUGUUAUAAAGCCUACACUCACUGACCAACAAGUAACGUCAUGGCUAACUGAUAUUAAAACUCGUGGAUACACACAGUGUUUAAUGCCCGAGUGUCACUUUAUCAGUUAUAAACUUCCUGAACUUGAGUCACACUAUGAAAAGUGUUUGGGUGAAGAUCCUGAUACAUCUUUAAAGUUUUUAUGUCGCCAUUGUAAAGGGUACACAUCAUCACAACAAGCUCUUCAGUUUCACCAAAACAAUCAUCAUAAAGAUUUGCUGUUUCCAAUAAAACAAGUAAAUAUUAUUGAAUAACAAUUUAAAUUAAAAAACAUAAAAUAUUUUAUAGUUGAAGGGUUGAAGUCUGGCUUUUGGGUUCAAAAAAAAAAGUCAAAAAUCGAAAAACCAUCCCUAUAUUUUCGCUUCCUUUUCUUUACCUCAUUCACAUUAUUCAGUCAGAAUAUCCAUUUUCUAAUUUCUCGCAAUAAUAUGCGACAUUUCCUUUCACAUUAUAUAAAAUAAUGUAGAAUAUUAAAUUAAAGUACAGAUGCAUAAUAUAUAAUGUAAUAAACUAUGUAUAAUCGGUCUCUUUUCUAUAAACUAUUAUGUGAAAUAAAAACAGCGAUCAUACAGCUGCAAAAUCAUACAGUACCAUGAAAAGUGGUCGGAAAAUUCAAAAAUCGAAAUUUUAACUACUAAUAACUUAUCUAUCUUUUUUUGAUAUUUUGACACCGCUAUAUUGAUACUGAAAUCAUAUUGCGGCAACCAUUGUCAUGUAAAAAUUUCAAAUAAAAGAAAAUUUCGCAUAUUAUUGCGGGGAAUUAAAAAAUGGAUAUUCUGACUGCAUGGGAGUGGAGUAGAAAAUAUAAAAUAUGAUAAUUAUGAUAAAUAUCAUUGUAACCGGAUUUCAACCUUAUGGUUUGCUUGGUUCCUAUUUAGAGUCUUAGCCUAUUUAUAGGUAAGUAAUAAUAAUGUUAAUUUUUAUUUUAUUAGCUUAUUUAACUUUUAAGUUGGAUGAAAUAUAGAAUUAUUGUUUCAUACAAACAACACUCAUUAUGUUUUCAUCUAUUUACUUUAAGUUAGCUUUUUUUUUCUGAAGUGAAUAUAUUGUGGCUUAUAUCAAGUGGCUCUUGAUUUGAGAAAAAAUGUCUAACCAUCGAUUAAUAUUUCAUAUAACUUUUGAUCAGAUUUUCUAUUUUCUCAUUUACAGACAAGGUAGAUAAUUUUCUUAUUGAAAAUUAGUUGCAAUUAAAAUAAAUUCCAACUUAUUUUUAACACCGUUAAAAUCAAGAAAUUUCCAACAUUUAAAAAUCUCAUUUGCAUAUGGUAUUUAUUUGCCAAAAGUAAAACUAAUCUAAAUCUAGUAUGCUAUUUUAUAGUAUACAUCAAAUGUUGUAUUUACUUGUUAGAUUAAAUUAAACCAUUAAAAUGUUUAUUAUACUUGAUUAAAAGGUAUUUUAAGUUCAUUAAUCAUUAUUUGUUGAAGGAUAAUAAUGAUGAUUUGGAUGAAGACAAUCGAAUUAAGUCUUAUCCUAUGGGUCAGUAUGGUCAUCCAACAUCAAGUAUAAUAAAUGCUGCUAGCAAAGUAGUUACAUACUCUCAGUGGAAAAUUCAAGAAGAUUUAGCUGACACUGAAUCUGUCUGUUCUGAAGUAAAUGUUAAUAGUCCAACUGACUCACAGAUCAAAUCAUGGAUGUUAGGCUUGAAAAAUGGUUAUGUUCUUUGCAAUCACAAUUCUUGUAAAUACAUGUCAUUUGAUGUGGAUGAUAUGAAUGAUCAUUUUGCUACAUGUUAUGAACCAUAUCUCGAUGAUGAAUUUGAAUGUUCUAUAUGUGGUGGUAGGACCACUUCUUCAAAUAAAUUGAAAACACAUCUAUUACAUCAUCAUGAUGAAGGUUACAAACAUUUGACAGAAGAGGAGUGUGGUUUCAAAUUGGUAGAAACGGAAGACGGUUUAGAAUUACUACCUGAAAAUAAACAAUCUGUGAAACGUAAGAAUGAAGAAGUGGAAGAUGAAGAGUAUGAAGAAAAACAUAAUGUAAAACGCAAGUCAUAUGAUAUACCAUAUAACCAUUUAACCAAAUGGCGUGAUGAAUUGUUGCGUAACAAAUUUAUAAGGUAUCAAUUAAUGAUAUAUACAGGAUGAUUCACUAAGCAUACUCACCCCAUUAUUUUGGUUAAAUUUUGCAUAUAUUCAAAUUCUGAUUUUUGGAAUUUUUAUGUAUUGUUAAAGCUGAUAUUUUUAAAUAUUUAGAUUUUUUAUAACAUUUAAGGAAUAUACUGUGGUGAUAUAAACUUAAGUUUUUCAAAUGAAAACCUAUAUUUAAAAUAAAAUAAAUAGAUAGAGUAUUACUUUAAAUAAAUUUUGGUGUAAUCAACCUGUUAACGAGAUAUUUCAGUUUUAAAUUUAGCUAUCAUUUGUAUGGCGGUACGUUUUAUUAGUAUUAGCAGUAAACAGUGGUUCUUAAACUUUUUCGUUUCAGUACCCCUUCAUAAAGGUAGCUGUCUGUUAACGCCACUUCUCGUGAAACUAUACUUGGCUUGUUAAUGCCUUAUUGGACUUUGGCUGAUUUUUUUUGUGCUUAUCAGUCUACACACUGAGUAUUAUAAAAAUCUUUGCCCCAUGUUAAGAACCACUGACCUAAACUUAAAAGUAGAAUAUCUUGUUAACGGGUUGAUGGAAAUUAAAAAUGUUGACACCAACAUUUAUUUAAAGUAAUAUCUAUUUAAGUUAUUUUUAAUAUAGAUUCUCAUUUGAAAAACCAAUGUUGGUAUUACCGCAGAAUAUUCCUUAAAUUUUGUGAAAAAUCCAAGUAUUCAAAAAUAUCGGCUUUAACAAUACUUUCAAAGAUUCCAAAAAUUAGAAUUUAUGUAAAAUUUAACGAAAAAAAUAGGGUGAGAACAUUUGGUGAAUCGCCCUGUAUGUAUGUAAAUUUUUUUUACUGGCCAUUUAGAGCCACCAAAACUAUUUUCUUCUUUCAAUCUCUUCCAUAUGCCUGUUCCUAGUCCACUCCAGUUUCUUCUAGUAAUUCCUUGACAUUGUCUUAUCUUUUUGUAGUUUUCUCUUUGGUCACUUUACUCUAUCAUACCUAUCUGUCAAUGCUCUUUCUAUCAGCGCGACAUACAUGGCCUGUCAAUUCCAUUUUCAUCCCUCUAAUGAAUUGAGCACAUCUCUUGAAUAAUUGGACAUUAGUCUUAUUUCCAUAGAUUUUCCUAAAAAUUUCCUCUUAAAUACAUAUAGAUUUUUCUCAUCUCCUCUCAUUAUUGCCUGUUUGGUACAUGUGUUUGUCAAUACAAGUCAGAUGUACAGUUAAAUUUUAUUAUUACCAUGUAUAUAAUGAUAGUUAGGCUAAAACAAUUCCUAUGUAUAUAAUUGGUUUUAUAUCUUAUGUGCAUUAAAUCUGGUUAUUUAUAAUGUUGUUGGUUACUACAGUAAGAUGGAUAUAACAAUGUUAUUUUAAAAUUAAAAUUAGUUUUUACAUUCAUUUAUAAAAAUUUUAUUGUAUCAUUUUUGAUUUCAUCAGAUUUCGCUAUAAUUCGUAAUCUACUUUAUCUGUAACAGAUAAUGUGUCGUAUAGGUACAUGGUUGCCAUAUUGUACAGGUACUAUUGAUAAGACGUGUACUUUUUUUUCAGUAACCUACAAUAUUAAUACAUUAAAAAAUGUUGAAAAUUCAGUAUAUUAAAAAAAAUAUCAUAUUUUUCCAAUUAUAAACAAAGUACUAGAUACCUAUAACAGAUUAUUAUUCAAAAACACAGUAAACAUUAUUAGGUUAAUAUAAAAUGCAUUAUGAUGUUAUAAUAGUUAUACAAUUAAUACUAUUGUUGAAUUAUUUAUGUUUAAGAGGAGAUGCUUUACUUGCAUGUGCUGACUCAGUUCAACUAACAGGCACUAUAGAAAAAUAUACCUUAAGUAGUCUGCAUUGAACUUAUUUAAUUUUGGUUUUAGAGUAAAAGCACUUAUUAUAAAAUUAAAAGAGGAUAAUAUUCCGGUGACCAAAAUUAUGCGUUUUUUUCCUAUUAUUCCGGAUAUAACGUUCAAUACAUUAUUUAGAUAACUAAUUCAUCGUUUUUAAUUAAUACUGUUUUCUUUUAAUUUUAUUAUAGGUACUUUAACUUUAAAACUAAAAUUAAGCGAGUUCUAUGCAGACCGCGUAGAUUUUGCUAUAUUGCCUGUUAGUUGGACUAAGACAGUACAUGUAGGUGUUCUCAGUAUAAAACAUUUGUUUGAUAAAUUUAUUUUUCAAAAAAUCAAUAAAAAAAACUGAUAUGAAACUCUUAAAGAUUGUUGUAAGCAAAUUCUAUUGUAGCUUAUGUAUAGUUGUUCUUAUAUUUUCCUUAAUAACAGCUUGUAUUUAAAGAUUGUUUUUAAUACAUAAAGGUAUUAGCUAGCAGAACUCAAUCUGGUACUGAUUUCUCCAUUUAUGAUAUUUUACUAAUUCGGAUAGUAUUGAGGUAUUUGAACUCUUGUGUUUAAUCAAAGAUCUUAUCUCCUAUUUCUUAUACUUAGGUUACUAUGAUCACCUCCUCAAUCUUCUGAAAAUUGAGCAUAUCAGUAAUUCAUUCCAGUCUUGUGGUAUCUUUUCCUUAUGUUUUCAUAAAACAUUUUAUUUCUAAUUUUUUUUUUUUUUUUGCUAUUAGAUGCACAGCUGCAGAUUGCAGUUACUUAGCAUUGGAUAUGUUGGAAAUGAAGCAACAUUCAGAUGAGCAUGUAGACAGUGUUUACUGGUCCUUCAAAGAUCGCAAUUUAGAAGAUAGGGUAGCCAACUACUGUGAUGCAUGCCAUGGUCAUUUCAAAACUGAAAAACAUUUAGAUGGCCAUAAAUUAGUAUCACAUAAUAAUAGUGAUACGUCUAACAUAGAUAGCUUAUUAAUAGAUAAUGAAGAAAAUAUUGAAGAUGAUGAAGAAAUCGAAGAAAUUUUUUAGACAUUCACAUUUGAGUUCUAUACAGUUUAUAAAUGAACAAUGUGUGUUCAAAAUAUUAUAAUCUUAUAUUGUCCAAAAGUUCAAUAUUAUACCAUUCAAAAGGCUUUUUACUUAUGUCUAUUAAAUAUUUUUGAUUAAUUUUUUUUUUUUCAGUAGUGCUCCCUACUAAAAUGUUUAGUGUAGAAUUGAGUUAUUUAUAAUUACUUAUAAAAUACAUACAAAAUGUGAAUUUUUUUAUGAUUCAAAACUAGUAUUUUUAUUCUGUAAGUUAUUAAAUGAUUUACCUUAACACAUUAUAUAACUUUAAUGCACUUAUUUAGUUGAAAAUUAAUUUUUAUAAAUUUGACAAAAAUUAGUCAUAAUUAUAUCAUUAUUAUUAUGAUCAUAAUUAAUGAUUAACAAUAAAUUUAAUUGAAAUGUGAAAAAAAUUGCAAAUAACUUUAGUGUUUUUUAUUUUUACUUAAAACCUUGUAACUAUAUUAAUAAUUCAAAGAUGGUUGACCUGUGUAAACAAUAAAUAGUAUUUUAUUGCUGUUUUAUUUAUAAAAUAUAAAAAGGUAGAGUUCACAUGGAGUCAUAAACCAAAUGAGAUUACUCUGGCAUUUUGGAGUGAUUAUGACUAGUUCAUUCAGUGUGAACUCGAUUUUAGUAGGUAUAUUAGUUUAUUUUUGUAAUCUUAUUAAUUUUUUUUGUUUAUGUUCAAUUUAAAUGGUGUGGUUUGGUGUAAAUAAUAAAUAAGUCAUUUCAAAUUGUAUUAUACCUAGUACAGUUAUAGAUAUUUUGUCAUCUAUCUAUCUAUCUCAUCUUUUAUUUUUUACAAUAUUUCAUCUAUUAGCUAGUAGUUUAUCUUUAUUUCAUAAUACUAUAGUAGGUAAGUUAAUUGAUUCACUAUAUAGUUAUUUGUUUUUACUAUAAAAUUAUUAUAGUUACCUACUUGUAUAAAUCAUUUUUAAAGUAAAG